CCUUUUGGUCAAAUAAAAGAAAAAGAAAAAGAAAAAGUAAGGUCUUCUCCAAGUCUUUCAAAUUCCGAGACGAGAAUUUGAUUCGACACUGCAGCCCAAAACCAUACGAAGACGCUGAAGCUCAAGAUGGGCUUGCUGGGUCUCGUUGGAUUUGCGUUCCAACGCUUUCAUGUUCUUGCAUGGCCUCUCUUUGCUCUGGUCUAUCCUCUGUGUUCUUCCAUUAAAGCAAUCGAGACAAAUUCCAUUACAGAUACUCACAAGAUAAAUACGUAUUGGGUCGUCUUCUCAUUGAUCUUGCUAUUUGAAAAUGCUUUUAUGAAGCUCCUUGAAUGGUUCCUGCUCUGGCCAUACAUUAGGCUACUGAUUGUCUUCUUUUUGGUGAUGCCACAUUUUGAUGGCGCCUUAUAUGUCUAUAAACACCUUAUCUGUCCAUGCCUCUCCUUGGAUCCCCAAAUUGUUAUCAACUUGUUCAACAAGCGGAAGGAGUCCCUUGCGAGAGAUAACUUUCUCUCUGAGGUUGAGAGAUAUGUCAAGGAGAAUGGACCUGAAGGUUUGGAAAAAUUUAUUGCUUGCAAGUCAACAAGGACAAAUCUCAAUGUAAAAGAGUUCAAUGCAGUUUCAUCCAUGGAUAAUGAAGCGUCAAAAUCCAUAAAGCCAAAUGGUGGACAGAAUGAUAUCAAAGCUGUGCAGGUAAUGGUGAAAAAGAAGGAAACAACUGCUAGCCAAGUUAGUCAGGCAGAGCCUAAUCUCACUGUGAAUGAAGAUAAAUUUUCUUCUAGGAAGAUGAAUGAAAAAGCGAUUGGGGCUGCAGCCGACAGAGAAAUUCUGAAUACUCCACCUCCAAAGAAAGUCCAGAAGGAGUGGACCACAGUCAGUCCGCUACCAACUCAAACUGAUGCAACUUUUAAUUCCCCUCUCGGUGAUAAUAAACACAAGGCUACAUACGAGGCCUUGAAGAUAAAGAAUGAGGCAGAGCCGAAGCUCACUUGGCCUGAAAGCAGUACUGUUGCAGCCAUGGAAAUAUAUGAAAAGCCGGUUGAGGUUGGAACAGUUAUAGAAGAUCCCGAGCCUCCUAAAGAAGUCCAGAAAGAGUGGACUUGUGCUCUCUGUCAGGUAACUACUGCAUGUGAAAGAAAUAUGAAUUCCCACCUGCAAGGGAGAAAACACAAGGCAGCAUAUGAGGCACUGAAAGCAGGGAAUCAGACAUUUGUGCCCAAGAUUGCCCCAGCUUCAACUGCAAAAACAUCCAAUCAACCAAAUAAAGAGCCUGGAAAGAGUAUACGAAGUACAGGGAAGCUCAAUUGGCCUGAAAUCCAUACUGUUUCAUUCAUGGAACUAUUUGAAAAGCCUGUUGAGUUUGGAACAGUUAUAGAAGAUCCCGAGCCUCCUAAAGAAGUACAGAAAGAGUGGACUUGUGCUCUCUGUCACGUAACUACUGCAUGUGAAAGAAAUAUGAAUUCCCACCUGCAAGGAAGAAAACACAAGGCAGCAUAUGAGGCACUGAAAGCAGGGAAUCAGGCAUUUGUGCCCAAGAUUGCCCCAGCUUCAACUGCAAAAACAUCCAAUCAACCAAAUAAAGAGCCUGGAAAGAGUAUACGAAGUACAGGGAAGCUCAAUUGGCCUGAAAUCCAUACUGUUUCAUUCAUGGAACUAUUUGAAAAGCCUGUUGAGUUUGGAACAGUUAUAGAAGAUCCCGAGCCUCCUAAAGAAGUACAGAAAGAGUGGACUUGUGCUCUCUGUCACGUAACUACUGCAUGUGAAAGAAAUAUGAAUUCCCACCUGCAAGGAAGAAAACACAAGGCAGCAUAUGAGGCACUGAAAGCAGGGAAUCAGGCAUUUGUGCCCAAGAUUGCCCCAGCUUCAACUGCAAAAACAUCCAAUCAACCAAAUAAAGAGCCUGGAAAGAGUAUACGAAGUACAGGGAAGCUCAAUUGGCCUGAAAUCCAUACUGUUUCAUUCAUGGAACUAUUUGAAAAGCCUGUUGAGUUUGGAACAGUUAUAGAAGAUCCCGAGCCUCCUAAAGUAGUACAGAAAGAGUGGACUUGUGCUCUCUGUCAGGUAGCUACUGCAUGUGAAAGAAAUAUGAAUUCCCACCUGCAAGGGAGAAAACACAAGGCAGCAUAUGAGGCACUGAAAGCAGGGAAUCAGGCAUUUGUGCCCAAGAUUGCCCCAGCUUCAACUGCAAAAACAUCCAAUCAACCAAAUAAAGAGCCUGGAAAGAGUAUUCCGAGCAGUGGAUCAGAACAAAAAGUUACUGUAAAUGAAAAUGUGCAAGGCCAGAAAAAUAGUAGUCCACCUCCAAUCACAAAGAAGCACUAUAAACCGAAAGAGCAGCUAGCAGAUGGUGUAUCCAGCAAUGGCCAGAAAGGGAAAAUUGCUAUACACAUCGAGAAGGUACAAAGUCAACAACCAAAGCCAAAUGAAGUUCCAAGGGUGAAGAGUUCUCCUAUGCGGUGCAAAAUUUGUGGCGUAUGCUGUUCUGAUGAGAUUGACUUGCUGUCUCAUCUUAACGGAAAAAAACACCAGGAAAAUGUGCAAGAGUACCUAAUCAGGGAAUGGAUGAAAAAGCCCAGGGGCCUUUGUGAUACCGAAACUGGUGAGUUUGACAUUUACUGGUGAGUUUGACAUGGUAUCUCAUCUUAAUUGAAGGAAUUUCCGUCAUCGUUUAUCACCAGAAAUGCAGGUUGUGGAGAGAAUGCUUAAAAAAGAAAAUAGUAUAGUUUGUAAUUCUGAUUUAUUUUUGUUUGCUAAGCAACUGAAGACAUUUCAUGAUCAGCUUAUAUCAUGUUCUAUGAUCAA